AUGGAUCGCUGCGAAAUCACCUCGGAGGCCGACAAAACCCAACAGAAUCGUCUCUCCAGUGUCACCGAGGAGGAAGAAGAACAAGACGCAGCUUACACGAUCGUGACGGUCCUGGACAAAGUGGCCAACAUUGUGGACAGCGUGCAGGCGAGCCAGAAGAGGAUAGAGGAGAGGCACAGGGAGAUGGAAAACGCCAUCAAGAGCAUACAGAUUGACAUUUUAAAGCUUGCCCAGGCUCACGGCAAUACAGGCUACACGGUGAACAAGUUACUGGAGAAAACUCGCAAAGUCAGCUCCACCAUGAAGGAGGUGCGGGCACGUGUGGAGAGGCAGAAUGCCAACGUGCGGAAGGUGGAAGCCAAACAAGAGGAGCUGCUGAAGAAAAACAAAUUCCGGGUUGUGAUCUAUCAGGAGGAAACUGAGUGUCCUUCAUCUCUCUCUGUAAUCAAAGAGAGGACAGCAGGUGAAACUAUAGAGGAUGAUUUCUUCUUACCUGAUGACCUGUCUUCUGAUGAAGAAUAUUACGUUGAAGAAAGCAAAGCAACUCGGUUCAAGAAAUCAGGCAUGAGGCGCAUCGAUGGUAUCAAAAAAGCUUUUUCAAGGGAAAAUAUGCAAAAGACAAGACAAAAUUUUGGUAAGAAGGUAAACAGGCUUCGAACUAGAAUAGUGACCCCCGAGAGGAGAGAGAGGAUCAGGCAGUCAGGAGAGAGACUGAAACAAUCUGGGAUAAGGAUCAAGAAAACCAUUGCACAAGCUGCCCCAACAAAGGAGGCGUUCAAGAUCCAUAAAAAAAGUAAAGAACGAACAGGAGCUGAAGGUCAGGAGGGUAUCCAGGGAGCCAGUGUGCACAUCACCUCUGAAUUUGCAGCAGCAGAGCCCUUCACUGAAGAAAUCUCUUACACAGAAGUGAUCACUAAAGUAAAGAAAGACAAGAAUGGUGCAACAAAAGGUGCUUCCCAGUCAACUGAAAAAGCAGUGACACUCCCAGAAGUUGUCCUUAAACAGGAAGGAAAAGAAGGAAGUGGGGGAGGUGGCGAUGAUGUUCCUUUGCUAGACUUAAAGCAAUUGGCAUAA